AUGCUCGGCGCGAGCUCUGCCCGGCCAUGGGCUUCUAGAUCGGCAGUUCAGGCGCUCGUCGACCAGGCGUGUGACCCCACCCUCAUGUCGCCCAACGACGUCGUCAACAUCGAGCUUGCGGAGCUGAUCAACAGCAAGAAGGCGAACAGCGCCCGCGAGGCGACUCACGCGCUCCUUACGUACAUCAACUCGCGCAACCCCAACCAGUCACUGCUUGCUCUCAAUGUUCUCGACCACAUUGUCAAGAACUGUGGUUACGCUGUUCAGCUGCAGAUUAGCACAAAAGAGUUCCUCAACGAGCUCGUGCGGAGGUUCCCCGAACGUCCGCCGAUGGUUGUCGGACGCGUGAUGGGCAGGAUUCUGGAGCUCAUUCACGAGUGGAAGAACACCAUCUGCGUCUCGUCAAAGUACAAGGAUGACCUCGUGCACAUUCGCGACAUGCACCGUCUCUUGAGCUACAAGGGAUACCGCUUCAAGGCGUUUGACGCGGCGCGCGCCAUGGCCACGUCCAACCCCAAUGAGAACCUCAAGUCACCCGAGGAGCUCGAGGACGAGGACCGCACGGCCAAGCAAGCCAAGCUUCAGGAGCUCAUCCGGCGAGCAACGCCGCGCGACUUGGCCGCUGCCCAGGAACUUAUGAAGCAGCUGGCUGGUGCUGAGCCUGACAAGGCUGUCGACUAUGAAAAGCAGACCAUUACCGAAGUGGAAAAGGUUCAGUCCAAGGCCAUCCUCCUGAACGACAUGCUCGACAACGCCAACGAGGGAGAGAAGAUUGGCCUCGAGGGCGACGUGUACAGCCAGGUGGCGGCCGCUUGCCGUGGCGCACGUCCCAAGAUCCAAAAGUUCAUUGAGGAAGACACUGGCGAGCACGAGGGUAUGAUGGACCGUCUGCUGCUCUGCAAUGACCUCAUCAACAAUGCCCUCGACCGUUAUGAGGCAUGCAAGAAGGGCGACUGGGUGGCCGCCAGGGCGGUUGUGGAGCAGUCCAACCCUACCUCCAAGGCCAACGACCUCAUCAACUUCGAUGUGUUUGCCGACGACGAGCCCGCUGGCGGCGGUCUUGCUCUGCCAUCCGGCAGCGCCGCAGAGGCAUCUGCUUCGAACCCCGGCUUCACCACCGGUGGUCUCCCUCUGGACCUCUUCGGUCCAUCGCCUUCGGGUUCGCCCGCGCCCGCAGAGCCCUACCACGUCCCAUCUGCUGCGAGCUCGUCGCGCGUGGAUCCCAUGUCGUUCUUCAACUCGGCCCCCACCCAGCCCUCGCUCUUUGCCCAGCAGAACACUGGCUCGUCCUCGCCCUUUGGCCAAGCGUCCCCUGCCCCCCAGGCCUCGCCGAGCUACCCGCAGGCCCAGACAUCCCAGGUAUUCGGCCAGCCCUUGCAGUCCCAGCAGGCCCAGGCCCAGGCCGCCCAGCAGCAGCAGUUUGGUGGUCUCUUUGCCCAGCAGCAACCACCUCAGCAGCAGCAGCAGCAGCAGACACAAGCCCAGUUUGGCUUUGGCGGCCUGUCGGCCGCGCCCACUGCUCCGGCCCAGCCAGCAAAGAAGGACGCGUUUGCCGAUCUGGUGGAUCUGAUGGGAUAG